UCAGAGAGAUGAUGGCAAGAUGCAUCGAGAUCGAUAGCCUCUCAGCAGGUCCCAUGAAGCCACGCUGUCAUCCAACCGACUCUCGUGCUCCAUCCGCCACACCUUGCCCCCCAGCUGCCGCCCCAGUACUCUCAUGACGGCAUUGCGCGUCCUGUCGUGAGGGACAGACUCCGUCGUGUACACUUUGACAAACAUUCCUUUCCCAGCCCGGAAAUCCACAAAGUAAAUGACUGCGGUAUUCGCCCCUCCCAUCACCUCACUCCCCAGCACCACCAGCUGCCAACGCCAUCGACCCGCCCAGCUCUUUUCGAACACCGCCACCCCCGGCCCCCACUGUGACGCAUCGCUGUGAGGGGCCGCCAGCAGCUCACGCGCACGCCGGUGUCCGAAAGAAGCCGGAGAGAAAGACCACCCGUUUUUGAUCCAACGGGUAGUACUAUCGUCGCCUCGAACAAGCAAGCCGCGGAGCCAGUCGAAGAGAACGAAGGCCACCAUCGAUGUGUAGGUGGGGUGCACUUCGCUGUCCAGCUGUGUGGGCCGGUCGGCGGGGUCGAAUGAAUUCGGAAAGACGGGGCUGGACGAGAUGAGCAGGGAGGGGCGGCUGGACCAGACAGUCUUACGGCAGAGAAUCUUGUCGCCGUCCAU